AUGAACAAUGUCCUAAGGACCCCUGCCCAAAGGCAAUGUGCUGAAUGGCACCUUUUGCUGUCAAGCAAAAGGAAGAGCCUGGAUCAUGCUAGCACAGCACCCACCCUACUUUCCAUUGUGAGCCAGGCCCAGACAACUGGAGCUCAAAGGAGAGCGGCGGCCGCGGAGAGCCCUGCCCUGUCCGCCGGAGCGCCGAGUGACUCAACGGAGCUUGGGAGCAGACAAAGAAUCCACUGCAACAUGAGACUCACUUGCUCCCUGCUAAUCCUGGGAGCGUUCUGUGUGACACCUUUCCUCUGCCAUAGCCAAACUGAUCCACUAGCUCUUGGGCGAGCAGAUCCUCAGUGUUGGGAAUCCUCCUCAGCUGUCUUACUGGAGAUGAGGAAGCCUCGCAUUUCUGACUCUGUCAGUGGCUUUUGGGACUUCAUGAUCUUCCUGAAAUCAUCAGAGAACUUGAAACACGGAGCUCUGUUCUGGGACCUGGCUCAGCUCUUCUGGGAUAUCUACGUGGACUGUGUGCUCUCCAGAACCCAUGGCCUAGGGAGGAGGCAGCUAGCAGAAGCUGAACAGAUCACAACUCUACAUUCUCAGUUCACAAGGAGAAACCAAGGGAUAUUUUCUCAUAUUCAGAGGUCACUGAAGAAGAAAGACUCAUUUGAAGAUUUAACAAGUAUUCACAUGCAUAAAAUUAACUCUAGAUUGCUUGGAAGAAUCAUUGGAGAGCUAGGGGAAAAAAGGAAAUGACACAGUCCAAGAUCCAGAUUUGUAGAUAUUUUUUAACUACUGCUGU